AUGGCUGUGUAUUCUGGUUUAGCAUCUGUACGCGACGAUUUCCGCUGUUCUCUUUGCCAGCAAAAAAAUACUUUCCAUUGUGAACAUGAUACACCCUAUCGAGACCAAUUAUUGGGCUCCUAUGACUCAAGCAAACCACAUAGUGUCUCAUCCAUUAGUCGACGAGAGCUUCAACGAACGCGCCCGUCUAAAACCACAUCGGCUAGUGCAAAUACACGACAUGCAACUCCUGGACAAAGCUCGACUUCGAAAUCUAAAUCUAAAUCUAAAUCAAAAUCGCAUUCUAUUUCUAGUUCAAAUUCUGAUCCGAAUGCUAGCAUGCGUAAUCAACAAAGUAGAAAACCUUCAAUACCGAACACAAACACAAACACAAAUGCGAAUACAAAUACAAAUACAAAUACAAAUACAAAUAUGAAUCAUUCCAUCAAAAGAAGUGAACAAAAGAAAAAGGGCGGGUGUACUAUUUUAUAA